AAGUAUAAUACUCUGAAUGGGCGCAUGUUAUUCCAAGAAAGCUAGUGGAGGAAAUCGUUCUUACUCAACUAUUCCAAUGGCUUCCACUAAGCUGGAUGAAGCUUCUCGAUUGGCUCGACCAACUCCUUACACCAGGACUCAAAAUGCAAAUAUUGAUUUUGCUUCAAAGAAAGGCAUACCUUUAUCAACUAAAUAUAACUCUUUAGGCACAAUUGAUCAGGGAGAUUUAAAAAAUAUCAAGAAUUCCUAUCAAUCUAAUAUUCCCAGGUUUAGUACCAGCUUACCAGGCGCAUCUGUUUCUACCGAAUCUAAAACUGCUGUUUUAAACUGUAAUGACAAUGAAACUCUCCAUGUAGUAAAUAAUAAUGCUGUUGUUAAUUCUAGAUCUGCAUCUAAUAUUUGUCAUACAACUGCUUCUCCUACAAGUAAAUUAGUUUCUAAAAGUGACCAGCAAGUGAAACCAAAGAGUAUUGGCAGCAAAAGCUGUCCAGAUAAGAUUGUUAGUCAAGAAUCUAUUGAUGAAAAAUCAAGAACUCCCAAUAGAAUUUCUGGGCUUCCUCGACAACUUGGAGGAAAAUCAUCACAAAGUGUCUCGCACAUUAGUUCCGACGUUGCUGUACCAAAAUAUCAGCAGUCCAAAUUUGUAUCUAGCAGGAAUAGCUCUUUGGUACCAAGUCCAUUAUCUAAAGCUUCUUCUGGUAAAGAUUAUGAAAGUAAAGAUAGUUUGUCUGAUUUUGAUUCUGGUUUUGGGAAUAGCAACAUGACUGAUAAAAGUAAACCAGAAGACUCUGACACAAUAAAAGAUAUGGAGCAAUUAGUUUUAGAAGAUUCUUCGCCCACUAAUAAUGGAGUUGAUGCAUGCCCGAUUAGAGCUUGGAGCAGCACUCCGAAAGUGUCUGCUCAGCAAUCAAAGUUAAAUUUGAAAGCUCCAAGUUAUAAGAGAGAACCAAAUGGAAAGUGGAGUCUCGAUGAAAAGCAUUUCGGUUCUGGAACAGAGCGUGUUGAAGACCCAAAACCAUUGUGUAAUUCCAGUGAGAAAAGUCCAAAAGAAAAACAUUCCUUCAAAAUGAAUGCUUCAGAAAAUAUAUUUUCCACAUACGCAUCUUACAAGGGCUUAUUAUCAUAUCAAAAGAAAUCUUUUAAACCGGUUGAUCAUGCCAGUCCCAGAGAAGCUGUUAACUUUGAAACACCUAGCAGAGCUACUGCUGCAUCAAAUGGCACAAAUGCUUCAUGCAUUCCAAAAAUAAGAAAGACUGCCAACCAAACUGUUAGGAGUAGUGUGUUUUAUGUACAGAAUGAUUUUGAGAAACCAAAUAAUGGUGAUGUAAAUAAAACAAAUCUGAAAACGUCAGAACAAUCUCCUGUAAAGCAUAGUGAUUCUAAACAAUCUAGUCUUGAUUCAGAUGAAAAAUCUGAUAGCACUGAAAACGGUGUUACGAGUCCUUCAUCUGAGGUAGAAAAUAGAGAAUUUCUAAUUGAUGAUGAAAUAUCUGAUCAACCUGGUUUGACAUUUUUCGGUGAUCCAAACUCUGAAGAGUCAGAUGUCCAGUCUUUAAAACUGGCUGUUAGCGAGCUGCAUGCACUGCAGUUAGCUAGCUCAUCGAAACGAAGAACUGAUAGUGUGGGUAGCUAUUCUAGUCGUAAGAGUCGCACAACUGAUCAUAGAGAUAGUCUGAUAUUAGGUUCUGAUUUGGGAUCUUCUUGCUCCAGCAUUGCAUCUGAUGAUUUGAUGUUGGAUUAUGAAAAAACAUUUGAUGCUUUUCCUGAAGGGACUGUUAAUGAAGGUCUUGCCUCACCAAUGAAAAGAAUAGAAUCAGAUAAAGAUAAAAUUGCACCUUUGCGCACUGAGAAGAAAGUUGAUAUGGAGGAAAAUCAUAGGAAAAGGCUUCAUCGGCGCUCAUCUGGUCCUAUGUCAAGUGUUGAUAAAUUAGAAUGGCGACAGCGAACAGUUAGCCUUCCUCUUAGACCACCUCGCCAGAUGACAGUCAGUGAAAAUGAUGAUGGUAGCCUAAAGUUAGAUUCUUCUUCGUAUAGAUUACUGUGCCAAGAUUUAAAUGGAGUCAAGACACUCCUUUUGCGGCUGAAGUCUGUCAUUCAAGAGGCAGAAACUAUCAAUCCCUUUGACCAGGCAAACCCUAAAAAUAUAUUUUAUCAAAGUUUGGUGCACAAUGAUUUUCCUGCUAGUUUCAUGACUCUUCCUAAUGACGCCGAUACUGAAGUAAAGUCAAAUAAUGUGGAGCACAUUACUCAGGAAAAUGCUGAUCUGAAAAGGCAGCUAGUGCUCUUGCAGCAACAGUUGGAGGAAAAGGAUCAUACUAUUCAUUUACUUCAACAGCAGAUGACUAAAUACUUGAAUUGUCAAGUGGGCUUUCAUAAAGAUACUACUUGUAUCAAUGCUGCAACUCAAACAGAAAGGGGCAAAUCACUUCCUGGAUCCUUAUCAUCAAGUUCGUCAUCUGCUGAUGAUUCAAUCGAAACUCUAGUUAGUGUGCAGGACGAUUUUGAGAAGUCUUUUAGGAAAAACUCGGAAGAACAAGAUCUUUUAAAAGAACAUUUAAAAGAAGUAGCUCGUCUCUUAGAUAAUAACAAAUCAAGUAGCGAAUCAGAUUGUUGAGAACAACCCAAGAGUAGCUUUCAAAAUAUGUGCAUAUGUGGCUUGUUUUAUAUAUUCUUGAAUGUAAUUUUUAUUCAUGUACAGUUGAACUUUGACAAUUUAAAAGUCAAGCGUUUGCAAAGAAAUUUAUUUAAAAAUGUCUUAUAUAUCUGUAAGUUAUUUCUGAAUGUUUGGGCAGGCAUUAACUGUACUUAAUAACUCUGAAUAUAGAGUGUCACAUUUAUAAUACUUUCCAUUUUCAAACUUUUUUUUUUUUUUUUGCCAUUUAAUGAGUGAUUUUUUUCUUUUUUUAAUUUUAGAAACUUUUUCUUUUUAAAUUCAUAAUGUAACACAUUUUUAAAUAUACUUUAUGAGUGGACAAAAAUUUUGUCCUAUAUUCCGUUUUCACAUCCAUAUGAAUAUUUUAAGCAUAAUCAUUUAAAACAUCAAAUUUCAGAUUAUUCAUUUGUCAAACUUUUCUUUUUUAAUUACACCCUCUGUUUAAUUUUUUAACAUUUUCAAUUUAACAAUAACAAAGUGCUGGAAUGCUGAAAGCUAUGAUUAGUUUUGUUUUUAUUUAUUUUAUCUUUUUCAUGCUUAUUUAUGAGUAUCUCAAUUUUGUUUCUCUUAACCCUCACUGCUGACCUCUGUGCAUUGCACCAUCUGACAUGUUCUCUCAGAUGCCUCGUCUGCCAGAAAUUUCUUCAAAACUCUUACUACUGAAACAGUUCGAAAUUGGCUCUGCACAAAAGAUAAUUUCAGAGGCCAGCAAGACUGAAUAAACUAUAGAAUAUGCAAUGCACAGAGAGUAGCACUUUAGGAAAAACUUAUGCAUAGGGUUAAACUAUUAUUCUAUGUUUUUAAAAAUUAAUAAAAAAUGACAAACAGUUUAGAGCCAUACUCAUACCUGCUAAUUGUCAGAUGAUAAUGCUUUCAAAAACACCUUUAUUGCAUCGCAUGUUAUUAAUGUAAUGCAUGAAAGAAGUAUGUCCAUAGAUAAUGGGAAACGUGAAGCAAUAAAAAUUAUUUGAUUUUUUAAAGGGUGGAAUAUGUAUACAUAAAUCUGCUUAAAAUAGGCAACUUUAGUGAAAAAUAGAAAGGAAAAAAAAAAGAUUAAUAAUUUCAUUGCCAAGUUUGAAAGAAAUCCUGAAAAUUUAAGAUUUUAGGGAAUUGUCACAAAAAAGUAGUAAAAUUAAUCAGUGUUAAAUUAUCUGAGAUUGACUACUUAUGAAUUCUAUUUCAUUUCAAUCUGAUUGGAAACUUAUUUCUGGGCAAAAUGUUUUGGUUUUAGAAAAAAUAAUAUUCAGCUUCAUUCAAUAUUUCAGUAUGCAAUAUUUAUUGUACAUUGUGUAUUCUAAACAUUUACUGUGGUUUUUAUAUUUCAUGCAUUAUACAUUUUUAACUAUUUGCUCAUUUUUAUGUAUCUUCACCGCAUAUCAGUUGAGUUGAAAACUUUUACAUUAUCUUUUACGGUUAGCAGUGCUACCAAUUCGAAACAUUCUCAAAUGGUUGUAACAUUUAAUGAACUCCUAUGCAAAUUUGCUAAAAAAUGUCUAUGCAAGUUGUCAGUUAGUAAUUGUGGAAAUAUUUCGGACA